AUGGGCCAGUGUAGAAGAGCUAAGAAGUAUGUAAUUGAGUUGAUUGAGGAAACAUUAGUGGAUCACUUUGCAAAGCUAUGGUCAUAUGGUGAGGAGAUAAGAAGAUCAAAUCCUGGAUCAACAGUCAAAAUGGAUGUCAAUGCUAUGCCAGAUGGAGAGCUAAUUGUUGCUAUAGGAAGGGAUGCUAAUAAUCACAUAUUCCCAAUUGCAUGGGCAAUUGUAUGUGUAGAAAACAAAGCAAAUUGGAAAUGGUUCUUGGAAAAUUUAAAAGAUGACCUUCAUCUAGAGGAUGGUUUUGGUGUAUCAUUGAUGUCAGAGCAACACAAGGGGUUGUUAGAGGCUGUUAAGGAAGUGCUUCCUAUUGCUGAACAUAGGCAAUGUGCAAGGCAUAUUGUAGCCAACUUUAGGAAAAGAUUUAGUGGUGUAGACUAUGAGAACAUGUUUUGGAAGGCAAGCAAAGCAUCCACUGAGCCUUUAUUCAAUGCUGCCAUGAAGGAGAUUCAAGUACUUAAUCCUGCAGCCUAUGAUUACCUUAUGGAAACAAACCCAAAAUCUUGGAGUAGAACAUUCUUUCAAGAAGGAAAAAUGUGUGAUGCAGUGGAAAAUGGAUUGUCUGAGAGCUUUAAUAGUGUCAUCAGGGAUGCAAGGAAAAAGCCAAUCAUCACCAUGUUAAAGGAGAUUAGACUAUAUGUUAUGGAGAGGUUGUACAAUUUGAACAUGAAAGGUUGUUCAUGGCCUGAUUUCAUACCCUGCCCAUCAAUAACACUCCUACUAAAUAAAUUGAAAAGAGAUCAAAGGUAUUGGCAUGUUUUACCAAGUGGUCUUAACCAAUUUGAAACCAGAAACCUAGCAGAAUCAUAUGUUGUUGACCUUGACAAGAAGACUUGUACUUGUAGAGUAUGGCAACUUAACGGGUAUGGUUGUGUGCACUCAGUAGCUACUAUAUCAUAUUUGAAUAGAGAUGUAGCCACUUAUGUUGAUCCAAUGUUGUAUGAUGUCUUCUACAAGAACACUUACAAAUACCAUAUACAUGGGAUGAAUGGCAGCAACAUGUGGCUAGUUACUGAGUUCAUACCACCCUUACCACCAUUGAAAAGAAGCAUGCCAGGUAGACCAAAGGUAAAUAGAGGAAGAGAUGUAUCAGAAAAGCUUCCAAGGCACACAGUAUCUAAGGCAGGGAAAAUAAUCUUGUGUAGUGUGUGUAGACAAUCAGGGCAUAACAAGGUUACUUGUCCCAAAGUUGAAAGGCCACAUGCAGAAAGGUCAAGGGUGCAAAGGAGCAUGAAACUAAGGGUCAAGAAAAGGAAAACAAUUGACAAGGGUAAAGAUGGUGAAGGAAGUAGUGGACCAACUAGAGGUGGUGAAGGAAGGAGUGGACCAACUACAAGUUAUGAAGGAAGGAGUGGACCAAAAAUUGGUGGUAAAAGGAAAAAAUAUGAGAGGAUCAUAAAAAAGAAACUUGCAAAGAAGGUUAAGACCAAGGAUAGGAAAGGUGAAACUAGUGCAAACCCGGUAGACCUUAAUGAGUAG